AUGAGUUCUCGACGCUUCUCUCACAUUGAUCCUCUCCCAUCAUCCAUUUCAGGGCCUGUACAAUUUUCUAGCGACCUGCUGCCUCGCAACACAUCAUCUAGGGACCCGGUCUCCAAUAGGGCAGGCAUAAAGAAUAUCGACGUCGUCACCGGCGUCUUGUUCAUAACCGACAGAUACUCUCACGCCCUACAUAUACACGGCCAUAAUACGCAUAUUGACCCUGAUUUCCGAAAUGUCGCGGGUGCCGCCCCAGCGACUGAGAUCGUCAAGCGGACUAGCACCAGCGAGUCCGCCUCAGUCGGUUAUGCUACCUUAAACGGAGGCACCACCGGAGGAGCUGGCGGCACGACCACCACUGUCACCACUCUCGCUGCCCUUACUUCUGCCGUUCCCGGUGACUCGGCCAAGAUCGUCAUCAUCAGCG